AUGCUGGACCCCAAGGACUGUGCAGUGACAAUGACGUCCAGUCAUAAGAUUUCCUUUUCUAUAAUUGAUAUAUUGGAUCCGAACAAAUUCAACAGCAAAAGGGGAAGUGAACUUUCCGUCGUCACGGAGAAGUUCCCUGUGCCACAAGAAGAGGGAACACGUUUGGAGUCGGUCAGCACUGCAGACGGAGACUUCAGAGUUGAGCGCACGGAAGCAGGGGAAGAGACAGAAGAUGACCACUUUACAUCCUCCGGGCAUCAAGCAGGUAUCGCUGACCCGCUUCUGCUUUCCCCACCGACUGAAACCGAGCCCCGUCUCACUGGGAACCAGGACGAGGGAGAGGCAGCGGUCACCCAGCAGGAUUCUUCCCCGCACAAGCGGCGGCGCCCGGACCAGGCGUGCGCCAAACCGCGGCGCGCCAGAACAGCGUUCACGUACGAGCAACUGGUGGCUCUGGAAAACAAGUUCCGCUCAACUCGGUACCUGUCUGUGUGCGAGAGACUAAACCUGGCCUUGUCCUUGAGUUUGACCGAAACCCAGGUGAAAAUCUGGUUCCAGAACAGGAGGACCAAAUGGAAAAAGCAGAACCCCGGGGCGGACAGCACCUUGCAGCCCGGCUCCCACUCCCUAAUCAACGUCAGUCCAAACCCGCCCACCUGUGGAGCAAGCCCCGCCAGCUUCCACCAAACUUUCCCCGGCUUCAGCUCUGGUAAUGUGAUCUUCCACACGGCCGGUGGUGUUCCGCUUUCAUCCACUGGAGGGCUCUUGCAUCCCUUCAUGUCCAGUGGCUUCGUCCAACCGACUUAUUUUAAUCCACAUCUAUGA